AUGUAUAUGCUGUACGUGCCUCAUGCCCUUUUCUACUUGAAGCAAGGCAACCCACCGAUCCAUGCCCACCAGAUGGGUUUCUGUGACCUGCUGGUCGGGCCUUUCUGCCUAAGGCGUACAUCCCCUUUCGAACCGGUCAUGCCUCGUCGGUUCAACACUUCAUCCGAUCCCCGGUCGGCACGGAGAUUUUCUCCAUUUGGCAUUCGCGCUCCUUCCUCCAGCGGUGAGCGCGGGCGUGUUCACGUGUCGAAAUCAGCGGAUGUCAUGGGGAUCCCCCUCCCUGAAGCCUCAGGCCUCCAACCGCAACCACUGGCCCGUGCUGAUUGGUUGAGUUGGGCAACUAAACUUGUCACCCCCAUCAUAUCGUCCAAGUAUGAAGCGCUCAUCGUCUCAGGGCUCAGGGGAUAUGGACCACAAGGUCUAUAUUCCUCUGUGCAUCUGUCUACUCUCCUUUGCCGUUCUGGCCUACCACCAUUAAACAUUUGGACCAACUGGUGCAUCACACUCGAAUCACUUAUGCCCAAAGACUCUACCCCUAUGACGAACCCAAGUCCAGUGGUCUGUGCCGACUUUGAGACCCCUACGUUUCUUUUCGAACAUACCAUCUCACUGGCAACCCCCCGACUCAACUCCGUCGUGCUUGACAACGCAGCGAGGCGGCACUGCAAUUUCAUUUCAGGCCCAGCCGCAAUAUGA